UGGAGACGAUGACCGGUGUGACGCGCUGGGGUCGCCGCGGGCGGGCGUGCUGGGUCCGGGGCCGUGCCCAGGCCGGGAAAGGCGAAGCGGGGAGCAGGACAGCCCGGCCUCCCCGGAACCCUUGGGGAAACCGAGUCACGGCCGGGGGCGGGCCGCCCAGAGGACCCCGGUGCUGCCACGUCCCCGCAGGGCACAGAUGGAGGGCGCGGCAGCUCUGGACGCCGGGGUGCGCGAGGUCCUCCGGGGCUGGAGGAGGGGCGACGAACCCUCGCGGCCCGGAGCGGGGGUGGUCCGCGGGGGCUAAAAAUAGCCCAGGCCGGGGGCUGCGCUCCGCAGCCAGCGCCCUGUCCGUCCUUGUCUGUCUGUCUCUCGGUCCGUCCCUACCGGCCCCUCCCCCUGCACUGGCCACGCCCCUCUGGCCAGGCCCGGCUGAUAGGGGUCAGUGGGCGCCCCCCGGCCCGCCCGGGGGAGUGAGAGCGUCCCCCUGGGCGCAGGGACAGGAAUGCGGGUGGCCGGCGCCCACUCGGGAGCUUUCGGCCCCGGGCCCGCCCGAGCCGGGCCCCCUCUUUGCGCUCCCGCCGACAGGCCCCGCAUUAUUCACCAUCUGGGCAGCACCCAAGGCCGGCAGGCGGAAUCAGCCCCCGAGGCGUCCAGACCCCCGCCCAGGGCUCUACGCUGGCGAACCUGGUGGGCUGGGGCCUGGCACACAGAUGCCCUCCCACUGGAGAGAGACAGAGUGGGACAGAGUCCAGCCCCCUGCAGUCAGGCUGGGGCCAGAGGAAGUGACAAGGCUGAAAGCGGCCCAGAGGCUUGGAGACGUGGGUCUGUGCGAGCCUCAGAACCCAGACAGACAGACGCUGUUGCGUGGAGCAGGACGGUGCCUGGACACAGCCAGGCUGGGACCCAGCCCUGCGCCCAGGGGCCUGCCCCGUGCACAGUGACGGUGGAGCAGGCCAGGAAUCACCUGGAACCAACUGCUUAGAUGCACGGCAGCGUGGAAGAUGGCUCUGGCAGCCAGUGAUUACUGAUGUCUGUCAGGGCUGGUGAAGGGGCCGAAAGUGCUCCGUGUGCCGCCCGGCCCUGCACCAGGCUGGUGUGGUUGGGACAGCUUCCAGAGGCCCCUUGACCAGACCCACCUCCCAGCCGAGUGGCCCAGCCCUGCUCCCAUGUGCAGGGGGAGGGGGGACAGGACAAAGGAGAGGCCUGAGCUCUACCAGGCACUCUGGGGUAGUAUUAAGACGGGGUUGGGGGUAACCAGUGGCCCGGGGAUGGUCAGUGUUGCCCGUGGACACUGGGCCAGACGGUUCUCUGUCAUGAGGGUGGCCUGGCCAUGAGCAGCAUCCCCCCUCCCCCGCCCCCCGGAUGACGACCACAGACCGCCAUCCCCUGGCCUGGGAGAGCCGAGCCGGUCAGGUGCUGGGGGGGGGGAGGUGAGGCCGUGGGCGGGCAAAGACAAGGACACCUGCAAACAGCGGGAAGCUUCCUAAGGGACCGCCACUGGCUAUUUUUAAAGUGCUG